AAGCAAGGGAAGUUUGCAACGUAAGCCCCUCAGCCCUAGUUUUUAGAAACUCCCCAUAAUUAAAUUUGCGACGAUUGCACAUUCGCUAAGAAAAGUCAGCGAAAACUUAAAAACAACAUCAAUGGAGAAGUCAAGAUACAAGUGACAGAAGAUGCUGCUGCAGUCACUACUUUCCCUCAUUCUCAUCCUCGAGGUGGUGGUAGCUGUGCCCGCUAAAGAGAAGCGUGUCCAUCGCCAUAGUGACCUGAGUGACCACGCCCAUGACGACUCCACUGGUUUCCAGUAUGACCACGAAGCCUUCCUGGGCAAAGAGGAAGCCAAGACCUUCGACCAGCUGACCCCUGAGGAAAGCAAAGACAAACUUGGGAAGAUUGUAGAUCGCAUCGACACAGACAAGGAUGGUUUCGUGAGCCAUGGUGAACUGCACCAGUGGAUCAAACACAGGCAGAGGAGGUACAUCGAGGAGAAUGUGCUGAAACACUGGAAGGAGUAUGACCAGAACAAGGAUGGGAAGAUCGGCUGGGAGGAAUACAAGAACACCACCUACGGCUACUACCUGGAUGAGGAGUUUGACGACGUGGAUGACAAGGCUAGCUACAAGGCCAUGCUGACUAGAGACGAGAGGCGCUUUAGGACAGCUGACCGCGACGGGGACGGCAUCGCCACCAAGGACGAGUUCACUGCCUUCCUUCACCCCGAGGAGUACGACCACAUGAAAGCCGUUGUUAUACAGGAAACCGUAGAAGACAUUGACAAGAACGGUGAUGGAAAGAUCACCCUUGAUGAAUACAUUGGGGACAUGUUCACACCUGAGAAUGGAGAGAGUGAACCAGACUGGGUGCUGACAGAGAAAAAGCACUUCACAGAGAUCAGAGACACCAACAAGGAUGGUUUCCUGGAUAACCAUGAGGUAGCUCAAUGGAUCCUGCCAGGAGAGAUUGACCAUACUGACAAUGAGGCUAAGCACCUCAUCCACGAGACAGACACAGACAAGGAUGGGCGUCUCUCUCUCUCGGAGGUCAUGGACAAGGUCGACUUCCUUAAGUCAAGCACGCUGACUGACUACGGAGGUAUGUUGGCGGAUGAGGGUCACCAAGAACUCUGACCUCCUUGACCCCAACACAGCCAAUUUAACUUGAUAUACGGUACAGGCAUGAAUUGGUGUGUAGGCUGUUUGAUGCGUGUGUGCCAGAGAAAUAAAAAUGACAUUUCUCAGGGCUCUA